UCUGACAGGUGCCCACACAAGUCAACCUCAGUGAAGAUUUCUAUGUUUUUAUGUGUUUUGUAUUUAUCAUGGACGCCUGUUCAGACCGAGAUUAAUUCUACAGUUCUCGAUAAACAAACUGGCCAGCUGUCUCUACAAGAGGGUUUCCGAGACGACUAUGUAGCCUGGGCGAACUUUACUGACGACAUCAAGAACUCAGGCUGGGCAUAUCUGGAGGUGACCACUAGAGGGCGCUAUAAUGAUAGCAUCCAAGCGUACGCUGCUGGGGCCGUUGAAGCUGCAGUCAGCUCCGAGCUGAUCUAUAAGCACUGGAUGAACACAGUUAUGGGGUACUGCGGUCCGUUUACAUUUGAGUCAGGAUUCUGUCACAGACUGAAGGAUUACAUCACCACCAACCUGCAGUGGGUCAGACAGCAGAUAGAGGGGCAUCCACACUGUCCCUACUGGCACCAGGUGUGGUUGGUGUUGCUGCAGCUGAAAGGUCUGGAAGAUGGCUACAAUGAUCAGCUGUCAUUUCCCAGAGGCCCUUUCACUCUCAACCCCUUCGGCUUCCUACUUUUCCAGAUGGGAGGAGACCUGGUGGAUCUUGAGGGGGCCCUAAACAAAUCUAGCCAAUCCCGGACACUGGGCUCUGGCUCCAGCUCCGCCCUCGUUAAGCUAUUGCCUGGCAACAAGGAUCUGCUGGUAUCUCAUGAUACCUGGAACAUCUACCAGGCCUUGCUGCGCAUCCUAAAGAAGUACCAGUUCGCCUACCGUGUCACUCCUACAGACAGUGAUCCAAUCCCUGGCGGAACCCAGGCCUUCUCCUCCUACCCAGGGUCCAUUUUCUCUGGAGAUGACUUCUACAUCCUUAGUACCGGGCUGGUUACCUUGGAGACCAGCAUCGACAACAGUAAUCCCGCCCUCUGGAAAUUUGUUCAACCAACCGGAGCAGUGAUGGAGUGGCUGAGGAACAUCGUAGCCAAUGGGCUGGCUGCAUCCGGCAAGGAGUGGGCAGAGAUUUUCACCAAACACAACAGCGGAACGUGUAAUAACCAGUGGAUGAUCGUGGACUACAGGCAUUUCACUCCGGGGAUGACAGAGACCAAGGAGCAGCUGUUUACUGUACUGGAGCAGCUCCCUGGGCUGGUUGUUCACUCUGAUAAAACCCAGGAGUUGCUGCAGAAAGGUUACUGGUCCAGUUAUAACAUCCCGUACUAUGAGGAGGUGUUUAAUGCCAGUGGCUGUCGAGAACUGGUUAAACAGUUUGGUCCGUGGUUCUCUCUGGACAUGAAUCCUCGAGCCCAGAUCUUCAGAAGGAACCAAUCACACAUCACAGACAUGGACUCCAUGGUCCGCCUCAUGAGGUAUAAUAACUUUAAGGAGGACCCGUUGUCUUGGUGUGAGGGCUGUGACCCGCCUGCUAAUAGAGAGAACACCAUCUCAGCCCGGUCCGACCUGAACCCGGCUAACGGAACGUAUCCCUUCGGGGCGCUGAAGCAGAGACCACAUGGAGGAACGGAUAUGAAGGUGACGUCCUACAGGCUGUGGCGUGAGUUUGGCUUCCUGGCAGCGAGUGGACCCACUUGGGACCAGGUACCUGCCUUCCAGUGGAGUUCCUCCCCCUACUCAGACCUGAUGCACAUGGGACACCCUGACACCUGGGCGUUUGCACCUGUAAAUGUCACCUGGUCUACCUAACCCUUCUGAUGACAUCCUGCGAGGUCUGGCCGCAGAACAACCUGCAUGCUCAACACCAUCCCCUCCUCCCUUCUCCAGAACAUCUCUGGAGAUCUUCUCCUAUGCCUCACAUCCAUCAUCAACUCAUCCCUGACCACUGGCUGAGUCCGCUCUGACUUCAAAAUGGCCAGAGUCGCUCCCCACCUCAAGAAACCAACACUCGACUCAUCUGACGUCAAAAACUAUAGACCUGUAUCCCUUCUUUCUUUUCUUUCCAAAACACUUCAGCGUGCCGUCUCUGAUCAACUUUCUCGUUAUUUCUCUAAGAACAAUCUUCUUGACCCUAACCAGUCAGGCUUUAAGACGGGUCACUCAACCGAGACUGCUCUUCUCUGUGUCGCGGAGGCUCUCCGCACUGCCAAAGCUGACUCUCUCUCCUCUGUUCUCAUCCUCCUAGAUCUAUCCGCUGCCUUUGACACUGUGAACCAUCAUAUCCUCUGCUCAACCCUCUCAGGGCUGGGCGUCUCUGCACACUCUUGGAUUGCAUUCUACCUGGCAGGCCGCUCCUACCAGGUGACGUGGCGAGGAUCUGUGUCUGCACCAAGUACUCUCACUACUGGUGUUCCCCAGGGCUUGGUUCUAGGUUGAAAACCCCGCUUGUGCCGUCAAACCCCUGCAACUUAUCCAGAACACUGCAGCGCACCUGGUUUUCAACCUUCCGAAGUUCUUUGUCACCCCAGUCCUUUGUACACUCCACUGGCUUCUGGUCAAAGCUCAAAUCCACUGCAAGACCAUGGUGCUUACCUACGGAACAGCAUGAGGAACUGCCCCUCCCUACCUUCAGGCUGUGCUCAAACCCUACACCCCAACCUGAGAACUCCAUUCUGCCACCUCCCGUUCUAGCUCUGACUACUGAUUUAUUUACUUGAGAAAAAAUGUACUCUCUAUGCCUGUGAUAUGUGAUUGUCCCACCUAGCUAUCUUAAGAUGAAUGCACUAACUGUAAGUCGCUCUGGAUAAGAGCGUCUGCUAACUGACUAAAAUUGAAAUGUACCCCUUACAUUAACCCUACACGCAAACACCCCUCUGUGUCAGAGAAUAAACUAAGGGGUGAUAGGUUUAAUUUCAGAAGGGAAAUGAUUACAAAAGUAAUGUAAUGUAUUAGGUAUACAGUACAACAGUAAGCUCAGGGUUAGCAUGUAUAUUUACUGCUCUGUUGUGUGAACAAUCUUGAAAUAAGGAAGUGGGUUUUAACUGAGUUUUAAUUUUUUUUUAAAUGUUUUGCUCGUUCUGGCUGUUUUAUUGAAUGUGAUGUGAGAUGAGAACUUUAAAUGAGGCUGGAGUUCCACAUAUGACAAUAUAGAGGUAGGAAAUUGUACUGGGAAAAAAUGCACUAUUCUUUUGGCCAAUAGAGAAUGAUUAAAAUAGAUAUAUUUAAUCAAACAGUUUAGUGUAGCCUAUGUGCCUACUUGAAGUAUUCUACCAUUUGAUUCAUGCUGCUAUGACACUGGUCAAUUUGUUAAAUUCAUGUUGACCUUAUUAGACAGUAAUCGCAUAAAAACAUGUAUUACAUUUGUUAGCAUUUGACAGAUGUGCUUUAAUACGGUCAAUGGUUUUUGGAAUUAUUUUUGUUUUAAACUUUACUUUAUAGCCAUGUCAUGUGUAGUUUAUUUAGAAAUACAAAGCUGGCGUUCUGUC